AUGGGCAAUGCCACGAGCUGCAUCCGUGUGGGGCACACCGGGCGUAGCGGCAAUGCCCUGCACCCCGACAGGAGUUGCACAGGCCUCAAUAAAAGGGGGAGGAGCACUUUCUCAGAAACAUUAUAUAGUGCUGUUCACUUUUUUUCAGGGCUUCUUACCAGAUUGCAGACUUCAGCUCCCACCAUACGAACUCUAUCAACAUCAAGGUCUCACUCUCAAAGCCUCCCAAGGUCUUUGUGGAAACUGGGCCGGCUUAAUCACGUAGCAAUUGCAGUGCCUGACCUGGAGAAGGCCCAGGCUUUGUACAAGGACGUGUUAGGCGCACGGGUGAGCGAGGCUGUUGCUCUUCCUGAACAUGGUGUCUACACUGUUUUUGUGGAGCUGGGAAAUACAAAGCUGGAACUUCUACACCCUCUGGGAGAAAAAAGUCCCAUAUUGAACUUUCUGCAAAAAAACAAGACGGGAGGGAUGCAUCAUAUAUGCAUUGAGGUUGAUGACAUAAAAGCAGCUGUGACAGAACUGAAGGAAAAAAAGAUCCGAAUAUUGAGUGAAGAGCCAAAAAUAGGUGCACAUGGCAAACCUGUGAUCUUUCUUCACCCUAAAGAUUGCCACGGAGUCCUGGUGGAACUUGAGCAAGCUUGAGUUGUAAUAUUCAUAUAGUAAAACAAUAAACUACUUGUGAAGUUACUGAAA